AAGCAAAAAAUUAAAUUAUAAAGCUAAAUUUAAAAAAAUAAAAAUGAAUAUGAAUUGGGAUAUGUUUGACGGUCUACCAGAUGAUUACGUUUCGAAUAAUAAAAUGACAGAAUAAGAAUGGGAAGAUACAACUAAUUAUUUAAAAAACCAUCCUUUAUUUCUGAAAUAAAUCCCUGAAAAUAUAGAAAAUAAUCCAGAUUUAGUUGCUUUAUAAAAUCUAAUAUAUGAUGAUGAACCUGAAAAUAUAGCUAAAAAUUGCAAAGUAAAAUAAAAAAAUACAUAAAAAACAACAACAAAAAAAUAAAAGGAAAGAGGAAACGAUAUAUUCAAAAAAGGUACAGGAAAAAGAUACUUUAUAAAAGAAGCCUUAAAAACAUAUACCGAAGGAAUCGAUGCAUAAGGAAAAGAUAAAGAAAUAAACGCAAUUUUAUAUAACAAUAGAGCUUUAAUGAAUAUAUAAUUGAAAAAUUUUGGAAAAGCUAUUGAUGAUUGUAAAUAGGCAAUUUUAUAAGUUCCAUAUUUUACAAAAGCAUAUUAUAGAAAAGCUUAAGUUGAAUAAAAAUUAAGAAAAUAUUAAGACUGUAUAGAAACUUUAAAAUAAGGACUUGUUUUUGACAAAAAUAAUAAGGAAAUGAUUAACUUAUAAAAAUAAGUUGAAUAAUAACUAGAUGAAGAAGAAAAGAAAAAAAUUUAAACUAUAGAUUAAAAAAAAAUAUAAGUGGAAGAUAUCUACUCAUUAUGUUUAAAAAAAAAUAUUGUUUUAGGUAAAAAAGUCAUGGAUUUUCCCGAAACUUGUAAA